GAAGACAAUAUUUUCCCACAACGUCAUCACAGAGUUCCUUUCCCUUCAGGUUUCAGAUUUUUUUGCUUUUCGAAGUAAAAAUACUUGUGCUUCUGUGAUAUUUUCACGGUUAACCCAAUUUCAACGCUGUACAGUCCUAAGAAAAGACCUACCAAGGGCAAGAGUGUAUGUUUGGCUACAAAAACCCGUGUCAAUUUGGCUAAAUACUCUUGGGAGUGAAAGAACAUUUAUCGGACACAUCACAACAUCUACAUUUAAAAGUGUAUCAAAUGAUACAGUUGGUUUAUUAUGAUUUGUUUUCUGGGUUUUCCCCAGAUUAUGGGAUGACUACUCGUCGUAGAAGGACAAGAUCUGGUGAAUAUACAGAACAAGGAAUAAUUGCAGAAAAAGAAAAUCUUGAUAUAAAUAUCGACUCGAUGUCGUCCUGUCGUGACAGAACAGCUGAAUUUGCUUCGGCAGUUCGAUCGUUACAAUCGCGUCAAGGUGCCCAUGUCCGUACAAGUCCGUUGAAUCAAAGAAAAGUUAACGGGAUUGUGAGAAGCCAGUUUAGCCAAAUUGCAAAACAAAUUGGUCAUGACAUAUCAAAUACAUUUACAAAACUCGAGAAACUAACCUUACUGGCAAAAAAGAAAUCAUUGUUCGAUGACAGGCCAGUGGAAAUUCAGGAGCUCACAUAUAUUAUCAAACAGGAUAUCAAAAAUUUAAACCAGCAACUUGCACAGCUGCAAGAGCUUGUAAGAGUAAACCGAAGUCAAAGUAAAAAUGUCCAGACACACUCACAGUCAGUGGUUGUGGCAUUACAAACAAAACUUGCAAAAAUGUCUCAAAGUUUCAAGUCUGUAUUGGAAGUGAGGACAGAGAACCUCAAACAUCAAAAGCAAAGAAGGGAACAAUUUUCACAAGGACCAAGUCCAGAAACUUUGGCAGUUGCCUCAAUGAAGAAUGGAUCAGUUCUUCAAAGAGCUGAUCAUAUUCCAAAUGGUAUCGGUGAUAAAACAGUUGCCAUUGAUAUGGACCAAUUUCAAAACUCACAAUAUCAAGACCAAAUGUUGGAGGAACAGGAUACAUACAUCAAGUCACGUGCAACAGCCAUGGAGAGCAUUGAAUCAACCAUAGUGGAGCUUGGAGGAAUAUUUCAACAGUUGGCAAACAUGGUCAAAAUACAGGAGGAACAAAUUGAAAGGAUUGAUGCAAAUGUCGAGGAAACAGAAGCAAAUGUUGAAGGCGCCCAUGGAGAACUUUUAAAAUACUUUCAAUCAGUGACAUCAAAUCGCUGGUUAAUAAUUAAGAUUUUCUUUGUCUUAAUUGUAUUUUUUAUUGUAUUUGUAGUAUUCAUGGUAUAAAUACUACAGAUUAUAUUAUAUUCAAAAUAAAAUGCAUUAUAGUG